GUGAUUUGACUUCGGUAGUAUAUCUGUGUGACAGCAUUCAUGGCAAUCAUCGACAUGUGUUUAUGCAUUAGAAUUUAAAAAGAUUUCAAUAGUUUUGUUUAUUAGCUUUCUGGCUCGCUAUAUAAUUAACAAUUAUGGAGGGCAAAGACUUUCAUAUCAGAAUAGUGAACAACGAGAAGGGUAAAGGAUUACUGUCUAAUCGUGUAUUCAAGGAAGGGGAUAUAAUACUUGAAGAAAAACCCAUAGUUUGUUGUCAGUUUUCAUGGAACUCUGACUAUGGAUAUUUAGCAUGUGACAAUUGUCUGAGACCACUAGAGACCGCUGAGGAAAAUGCUCAGAGACUGACAAACAAUCCAAAUAUUAUACUGCCGCAUAGCGAGUGCUGUGAGACAAAUAAAAACUUAAUAACUGAAUGUCCUGCAUGUGGAAUCAAAUAUUGUUGUAUAGAAUGUCAGAAUGAAGCUUUUCAAAGGUAUCACAGUAUAUUAUGCCCACAAUCAAGAGUUAAAGAUGAGAGCCAUCCGCUCACUCAAUUAAAUGAAACAUGGAAACAAAUGCAUUAUCCACCUGAGACUGCAACAGUUAUGUUGCUGGCAAGAAUGGUUGCCAUGGUUAAUCAAACAGAUGUAAAACUAGAUCUUUUAUCAACAUUUUCGCAAUUUUGUCAUCGUACUACAAACCACACUCAUGAAAUUGUGCAUAAUUUGUUAGGAGAAAAAUUUGUGGGCCAGAUUGAUGUUCUUCGACAAAUGAUGCAAAAGGCUCUUAAUACUGAAUAUACUGCACAUUGGUUUACACCAGAUGGUUUUAGAAGUUUAUUAGCUUUAGUAGGAACAAAUGGUCAAGGAAUUGGCACUAGUGCAUUCAGUCGCUGGGUGAAGAAUGUUUCUGCUUUAGAUUUACCCAAGGAUCAAAGAAUUUACAUUGACAAAUUGAUAGAUAGGAUUUAUGACGAAAUGGAAGAAGUGGUAGGUUCGUUUUUAAACAAUGAAGGAUCUGGUCUCUACUUUCUACAAUCGUCAGUGAAUCAUAGUUGUACGCCAAAUGCAAUUGUUGAAUUUCCUUAUUCAAAUAAUACAUUAGUAUUGAAAGCAAUACGUGAUAUACAAAUUGAGGAGGAAAUCUGUACGAGCUAUCUUGAUGAAUGCGAGCUCGAAAGAAGUAGACAUUCUAGACAGAAGGCUUUGAGUUCUUUGUACUUGUUUGUCUGUCACUGCAACAAGUGCCAAGCACAAGCUAAUGAUCCUGAUAUAACAUCUGACGAAGAAAAUGAAAUAUCCAACUGAAAAUACAACCAUCUGACGAAGAAAAUAAAAUAUCCAACUGAAAAUACAGUAAAGAACAAUGAUAAUACACAUAAUACACAAGAUAAUGAUAAGUAUAUAUGUAUUGAGAAUAUAAUAUCUAAUAUCUCUA